CCGCUCCUACAGUAAAUAUUUGUGUUUGCUCGACCCGGCUGUAAUGGUGGACGGCUGAAGGCAAGAGGAGCAGAAUACGAGCCGAGUGAAGAAAGAACGAGAGGGGGAAAAUAACCGGUCGAAAGUCUGCUUCAAGAGUCCAGCCGCCGCGACGAGGACACGGGCUCUGUUGAAAAUGGAUGAACUAAAACAUCAAGUCAUGAUUAACCAGUUCGUCCUGACGGCGGGCUGUGCGGCAGACCAAGCGAAGCAGCUACUGCAGGCGGCACACUGGCAGUUUGAGACUGCCCUCAGUGCCUUUUUUCAAGAAACAAAUAUUCCAUAUGGCCAUCAUCAUCAAAUGAUGUGCACCCCAGCCAACACACCAGCAACACCCCCAAACUUCCCGGACGCGCUGACCAUGUUCUCACGGCUGAAGGCGUCCGAGAGCUUCAACAGCGGCAGCGGCGGCAGCCCCAUGGCCGCCUCCAUGGCCACUUCACCUCCGCCCCCCCAGGUCGGCGGCUGGGGGGUCUCACCUAAUGUGCCGCAAACUCCACAGGGACUCUGGACUCAGGGGCAGCCCCCCACACAGCCCUGCCCCGCCUGGCCCACGGGCGUAAACCCUCACGCGGGCGCCGAGCAGAAGGCUAGUGUAGCGAUGGAGGCCGAGAGAUGAAGGGCCACACGGGACUGAAACCCUUCUCACACCCUGGGGAGGGAAGGAAACAGGGGAAGGGUGGGAGAUGUGGGAGGUAAUAAUGGGUUUGAAAAAAAAAAAAGGGGGUUUAGGUCUUUUUUUUUCGGAUUUGAAAAGAGACGGAAACUACGCAAACCAAGAGAAACUCAACAUGGACGAUUAAAGAAGAGGAGAAAACCAAUGCAAACAAAAUGAAACAAGAAAAAAAAGAUACACACACACACACAUAGUAAUAAGAGAGCAACUGAAAUCUUUGGUAGUGUUUUUUUCUUAAGUAAAUGCAUAGAUAAGAGAAAUAUUAUUGAACUUUAAAAAGAAAUUAAAAAAUUGUCACGCCCAAGGAUUCUAUGUGAUUUUCAAGGACAUUCAAGGCAGCAAACUUAACUUUCUGAUUUUUUUGUUUAGUAUUUUUUGUUUCUUUUUCAGCCAGUGUGGUUUUUUUGUAUCACUGGUUUUUCUGUGUUUUAUGGUUUUUUUUUUUUGCAACUGUCUGAGCUGCAUGAGGAGAGAGAGGACGUUGCAAUGCAGUGUUUUAGAUUGACUCAAAAAAAAGAAAAAAUCAUCGCACACUUGAGUUGUGAGUGUGUACGCAUGUGAGCGGGUGGUCAAGUUUGUAAUCGACAACAAUGUAUACACACAUACACACACACACACACACACACAAUAGAGUUUAGAUGAAACACCUCCAUAUACUGUCAAUCCCGUCAUCAAAGACGGGAGCUUUUCUUACCUCACCUGGUGGUCACCUGACUUCUUUCAGCCAAUCAGGGAUUCUUCUUAAACCAACCAUUGCCACCACCGACACAGGACAUGUUUUUAAAGGUUUUUUCUUAGAGGCGACACAAGAGUUUUAUUAAAAGCUGGACUCAGACACGACAACUGUCCACUGGAGAUUUUGGGUUAUUAUUAUUAUUAUUGUUAUUAUUACAAGAAAAAAAAGUGGUUUUAAUGUAAUAUGGUUUAUAAUGCAAACUGUUUCUUAGGUUUUUUCCUUAAAGAGGUUAAAGGAGGCGGCUUUGAACUUGGGUGGAACUUUCAGGUUGAUUAUUUUUGGUUUUAGGUUGACUUUUUUUUGGAAAGAGUAAAAUCUUAACACACCUUAAAAGAAAAGAAAAGAGAAAAAAAAACAGCUACAGAAAAACAACACAACUACUCCAUCUUUGUAAACAGAAUUGCCACUUUGCAUGAUGUGUUCAUAAUGUGUAACAUCUUUUGUAGCAAAACAUACAUGAGGUCGAGACGUGGGUUUUUUUGUUUGGAAAGGGGGGUG